AACGCGCCUUUGCAGUAGUAAAAUUCGUAACCCGCGAACCCGGAAAAUCAGUUGAACGUGCGCGAAGGCGAAAAGACGAACGGGAAUCCUUUUUUAAAUCCGCGGGUCGUGAUUGGGCGCACGCACACACACCUCCUCGCUGACACCCACGUCCACCCAUCCAUCCAUUCGGAAGCUGCUACACAAAUAGACUCAGCAGGUGUCAAACUAGGAGGUGAAAUUUUCCACUACGACGCGAUUAGUGACUUACAGUUGGCGCAGACUCGACCUGCCGGCUGAGUUACCGCUACGCCACACCGCAUCACCACAACCUGAACACUUCUCACGGGCACUUCAGCACAGGACAGGCCUGGAAAACUAACCAGCUCGACUAUAACCGAGUUAACUCCUCAAAACACGUCUGAGCUCCAUCUCAAAACACGGUUGCUUGUGUCGGCUUCAAACAGUGAUGGACUUCCUAGCUGGAUGCUUAGGAGGUGCUGCCGGUGUCCUCGUCGGACAUCCUUUUGACACGGUUAAGGUUCGUCUUCAGGUCCAGAGUGUGGAUAAACCGCUUUACCGAGGGACUUUUCACUGUUUCCAGUCCAUCAUACGUCAGGAGUCUGUGUUUGGCCUUUAUAAAGGCAUUGGCUCGCCCAUGAUGGGCCUGACGUUCAUCAACGCCAUCGUCUUUGGUGUUCAGGGAAACGCCAUGCGCAGGUUGGGCGAGGAUACGCCCAUGAACCAGUUCCUAGCCGGAGCGGCGGCUGGCGCCAUCCAGUGCGUGAUCUGCUGCCCAAUGGAACUGGCAAAGACCCGAAUGCAGAUGCAAGGAACAGGCGAGAAGAAGUCGUCAUCCCGAAAGGUAUACAAAAACUCGCUGGACUGCCUGGCUCGCAUUUAUCAGCGCGAGGGCCUGCGAGGGGUCAACCGGGGAAUGGUUACCACUCUAAUCCGGGAGACGCCAGGCUUCGGGGUUUACUUCCUUGCCUACGAUCUCCUGACGCGCUCGCUGGGAUGCGAGCCGGAGGACCCGUACAUGAUUCCCAAACUGCUGUUCGCCGGCGGCAUGUCGGGAAUCGCAUCCUGGCUUUCGACAUACCCCGUGGACGUGAUCAAAUCUCGGCUCCAGGCCGACGGGGUCGGCGGAAAGUACCAGUAUAGUAGCAUCAUGGACUGCACGCGGAAGAGCAUCGAACGUGAAGGUUGGCGGGUUUUCACACGUGGACUUACGUCCACUCUUCUACGGGCUUUUCCGGUCAACGCGGCCACUUUCGCUACGGUCACCCUCUUCCUUUUGUACGUACGUCCGGAUGAGGGUCCGAAAGAUUGCGAAGCGGCUCCGCAUCACGCGCCAUUGCAGCAACAAGCGCAACCGUCAAGUCUGUGAAUAACCUCACCCCUUCUGGGAUAUCGACUAGCUUGAAGCGUAGCACUUCCCAAAUCAUGGCUAAUCUGUUACUAAACGAACAGUUGCUGUACAGUGAGCACGCCUGUCCAAUCUAAACGGAAUUGCACAACCUUUCUAUCCGUACAAUGACUUGAGCUCUGCGUUUGUAAAUAUAUUUUUAUAUUCAUUGAUAUUUAACAAACACGUUCCCUGUUUCUGCCUUACGAGAGCUACGAAUCCGACCUUUGAAAGUAAGAAUCUGCAUGUUGAGGUAAUCAACAGCUCCUUUUGUUGUUACACGGCAGAACUAGAAAAACUUGCUUUGACAUCAUAAAUUGCUACACUGAAAAGAAACCAGUGUCUAAACAAACACACAUCAAUCUUAGUUAGGGUGGACAUCAGUUGAAUGAAAACAAGGCUGUGAUGUGUUGACAUAAAGCCUAUUGGUUCUUAAGGUUAUAGGUUUGUUUUCUAAAUGUCUUUGUCCACUGGAAAGAUGUACUUAAGAUGUAUUUACCAAGAUCCUUCACAGCCUUGUUUUCGUUUGUGUCAAAUUUACCAUUGCAUCUACGCUGCCUAAAUUAACACCUGGAUUAAAUUUGUAUUCUCGACCCCACCCAGACAUGGACAAAUCUGAUUUUGGCACUGGAGUAUAUAGCCUUUAUGAUGUUUUUAAUCUGAGGUGUGAGAAUGUUCUUUUAAUGGAAGCUGCUUGUGCAAUUGCCUAAACGGUUAUGGUAUGUUGGCCCACUCUUAAAGUUGUGCAAUGAAUACGGUAGACAUCAAAUUCUUUCGAAAUCAUUACUGGAUGUCUGAGGAACUGUUGAUAUCGAUUACUUGAAUUGUAUUGGCUUGGAUUCAUUUAACUGCUGGUGUACUGAAAAGAGAAUGAACCAAAGAUUUUUGUCCUACUGGAAAAAAUCAAAUUCUGUCCCUUCAAAAGUAAGUGAAUGAGUACACUGUAAAAAAAAAACAAUUUGUUGAGUCAACUUAAAAUACUUUGUUACCUGGCUGCCUUUAAAAUUUUAAGUUCAGUCAACUCAAAAAAAGUCAACUUGAAAUGUUAAGUUGUACUAAGUGACAACUUAUAUAUUUGACUUGAUUCAACUUAAAAUUUUAAAAAGGCAGCUGGGUAACAAGCCCAGCUUUUAAGUAUAACAAACCUAAGUUGUGACUUAGUGCAACUUAACAUUUCAAGUUGACUAAAGCUUUUUUGUAUGGGUUGAACUUAAAACUUUAAGGCGUCUGGGUAACAAAUUAUUUUAAGUUGACUCAACAAAUUGUGUUUUUUACAGUGUCCUUUCCUCGUCCAUGCAUCUCCUGCCCUACAUUUAUGAUUUACUCUCUACAAAAUUAAUGCAACAUUUGCAUGUUUUCUGUAACUUAUUAAAA